AUGGAGCUGCGAUCUCAACAUCCCCCAUAUCCUCAGGAAGCUGUCGACGACGACGAACGACCAGACUUGCCAGACGACAUCGAGUUUACGAUUCGCCUUCACCAGCCGUCACCAUCCCCUGCUCCCCAGCCGUCGCCCUCUGAACGCCGAAAACUCGUCUCGCCCGUCAUGAGUGCCGUUGACGAGCAGGCGAUCCCGCCAGUCCCUCCCCUUCCGCCCAACUUUAUGCGCAAGUCUCUCGGAGUACAACAGCGAAGAGACGAGUUCGACCUUGGAACGAGCCCGCCCUCGCUUGCUCGGAGGCACAGUGAUCCGCCGCUCUCGGCCUCUUCGCCGCCGUCGACAAGUGCGGCUUCGGACGACGAUGGAGCGAUCAAUUCAAUCACGACCUUUACCCCGCCGCCGCCCCAGGCCACAUCUGCGACAUCUGCGACACAGUCAGGAUCUUUUCGAUCACCAGCGACCAAGCCCGUUCGACGACGUGUUCCGCCACCGACUCAUUUGUUCGAUGGCCCUGUGACGCCCCCCGAAGCAUGCUAUGCACCGCGGACGCCCCCUGAGGCUGCUUGCAUUUCGUUCGACGAUGCCCCUCCGCUUCCGGGCCCAGUCACUGGCAUGACCAUUCUGCCCUCUGCCUCGAGCGUUUCAGUGACUACCCCCAAGGCGCCAAAGUGGUUUGAGAAUGCAAGGCCGCCCGCAGGGUACGCGGAUUCGAUCAUGGCGAGGUACGGAUCUUACAACCAGUACGCGACAGAUCGAGGGGACCGAAGAUCCGCCGUCGUGGGGGCUGCCGCUUCGGACGGCGACAUCGCAACCAGGCGCAGGUCACCGCCUAGCUCCUCUUCCAACUUGGCCCAAACGUGUCACCCCGGCCUUAGUACAAGUACCAUCAACUCUCUUCCGCCCACCCCCCGGACAUCAAGGGGACAUAGCGUCAUUUACAACGAACGUUCCGACCGCAAAGACACUGUAUCCUGGGCCAACACUUUCGGCCGCAACUCGACUUCUUCCGAACCACCCCGGCAAUCAAUGGAUCACGGCUGGCCGUCUCCGCAUCACGCCUCUGAAGACGGACACGUUCACGCUCACCAGCCCUGUCCCGACCUCACCUGUUCAUCAAACGAGGAUCACCAGGAGGUUAUGCUCGGUGGCAGCACUGAGAUGACCGAGGAAGAAAUGAAGGAAAUGGAACAGUUUAUGGCCGAGGCUGUCGAGGAGCAGGAGCAGUGGGUCGACGAGGAGGUUCCUGAGGAGGAGGACGACGAGGACGAGGACCUUGCCAAGCGCGAUCACGACCCGUCAUGGACUUGGCAGAAGCCCUCGCGGAAGAUGGUCAUGAAGGCCGCCGACUGCAAGCUGUUCGACGAGUACGGCAACCAGCUCAAGUUUGGCGACCUUCUCCCCGACUCUGACGCGGACAUUGACGACGCGGCCUCGCAACUACUCUCGCCUGUCGACACGAACGACACUGCGCCGACGAAGAGCCUGAAGAGCAUUCACUCGCAGACGAGGGUGAACCAACUCCCGAAGCCGCCCAAGUACACGAGGACUGUUGUCUUCUUCGUCGGUCACUGGUGGUGCGGUCUGUGUCACGACUACGUCCUCAUGUCCCUCGCUAAGCUGUCCCCGGCCGCGCUCCUCCGCGCUGGCGUCAAAGUCUGCGUCAUCUCGUCUGGCACCUGGAAGGCGAUCACGAAGUACAAGGAGAUGUUCAACAUCCCGGCUACAUUCAACGUCUAUGUCGACCGCGGUACGCGGCUGUACAAGGCUCUCGGCAUGCGCUCGCGUAUGCCCAACCCGUUCCCCGAGAUGAAGCUCAAGUUCCGACCAAGCUACCACCGACACGCUUUCCUGCGCCAAAUGGCGAACGGCAUGAGCAACGGUUUCUUCCGUCUGACCGGCUUCACUAACCCGGGCAAUUUCCUCCAGCUCGGCGGCGAGUUUGUCUUUUCGGACGACUUCAAGUGCGACUUUGCCCACAGAAUGGCGGCCCGAAGUGACCACUGCGAGGCUCCAGACGUUCUGCGCGCCGUUGGUGUCGAGGAGGUUAGCCUCGGAGCGCCCCUGAAGAGCGAGGACUCCAAGGUCGACCUGCUUGCCAAGGAGAAGGAGGAGCCCGCGCCCAAAUCCGAGGAGGAGCCCAAGGAGGAGAUCGAGGAGGUGCGCGACGAGGACGACGUCGAGCACACCGACGACGGCAGCUCGCGGAGCAGCGGAACGUCGUUGCGCAACGAGAAGCACUCGGAGCGCACUGAGCGGCCGUCGACGCCGGCGCCCGUCGUUCACGUCUAA